ACCUCCUCCUCCCCGCCCCCACCCUCUCUCGCUCUCUCUCUCCAUCUCUCUCUGUCCCGUUCCCCCUUUCCCCCGCCUCUCUCCGCCCUGCCGCCGGCGGCCCUGGCAGAGCAGGCACCGCAGGGGGAUCUCAAUGUAACACCAUGACAGGCAUCGCCGCCGCCUCCUUCUUCUCCAAUACCUGCAGGUUCGGGGGCUGCGGGCUCCACUUCCCAAGCCUGGCUGAGCUCAUCGAGCACAUUGAGGACAACCACAUCGAUACAGACCCACGUGUGUUAGAGAAACAAGAACUACAACAGCCAACAUAUGUUGCUCUAAGUUACAUUAACAGAUUUAUGACUGAUGCAGCUCGCCGUGAGCAGGAAUCCUUGAAGAAAAAGAUUCAGCCUAAACUCUCUUUGACUUUGUCAAGCUCAGUGUCCCGUGGGAAUGUAUCUACUCCACCCCGCCACAGCAGUGGAAGCCUUACUCCUCCAGUCACCCCCCCAAUCACUCCCUCCUCCUCAUUUCGAAGUAGUACACCAACAGGUAGCGAAUAUGAUGAGGAAGAAGUAGACUAUGAAGAAUCAGACAGUGAUGAGUCCUGGACCACAGAAAGCGCCAUCAGCUCGGAAGCUAUUCUCAGUUCAAUGUGUAUGAAUGGAGGGGAUGAGAAGCCUUUUGCCUGUCCUGUUCCUGGAUGUAAAAAGAGAUAUAAGAAUGUGAACGGUAUAAAGUACCAUGCCAAGAAUGGCCACAGAACACAGAUCCGUGUACGCAAACCAUUCAAAUGUCGUUGUGGAAAGAGUUACAAGACAGCUCAGGGCUUGCGGCACCACACAAUCAAUUUCCAUCCCCCAGUGUCUGCUGAGAUUAUCAGGAAGAUGCAGCAAUAACAUGCUGGUCACAAAUGUGCCAAGAAAUCCUCACCAGCAGUUGCUGAUUUUGAAAACAGCCACCUUUUUCAGGGGAAGCACUCAGCAACCCUUUAAAAAAAAUGAAAUGCAUGCUUUAAAUUUUUCUGUAAUUUUGGAAUGAUGUAUCUUUGUAGAGUUAAUGAUUUUGUACAUUUGCACUUGUAAUCAUCAUACCCAUUUUCAUUACUUUGAUAUAAGGUGCUAAAAAAAAGCUAUAGGUUCUUCAGAACACUUUCCCCGAAACAAAAAUUAGGGGGUGUUGCAUAUUUAGUUGUACUGCAGUGUUAAAUAGGGGCGUGAAGAGGAAAGCUUGGCACUGACAUCAUUUCAAGAUUGUAAUGUGGUUGAAGAUUUUCAACACAUCCGUUCAUGUGUGUGUAAAACCAAAACAAUACCACCAUUGUCAAACUGGUUAACAUGCCUUACAUAAUGGAGUUAUCAGUGGUGUAGCAAGUCUUUAGGUAUUGGAAAUAUAAAUAAGAAAGAAUGUUUAACAUAAUAUGCUAAAAAUAUUUUCAUACUUAAAUAACAUACAUAAAAAGGUGUGCUUGCUGUAUUUUAUAUUAUCUUGCAAAUUCUUUUUUCCCUUUUGAAAUGCUGAAAAUCUUGCCAUUUGAACUAGUAAACAAUCACCUUUAGUGUUAGGAUUAUUACUUUGUUUUUAUACAAGAUGAUGUAUUAAGUUCAUGCCCAUCAAACUUUUGAGGACCAAGAUCCCAGGCCAACUAAAUAUUUUCUCCUGAAAUCUACUGUUAGAAAGACACUUCGAAAUACUUAAGUGCAAAUUUGUGUGUGAGAGAGAAACAAUUCUAUCUUCAUCUCAGAUGAAGUUUUAAAGCACUUUGUAGUUCUCUGUUGCCAACAGAUUUAAUGUUUUAUGCGUUGCCAAUUCUUGCAACUACAGUACUAACUUAUGCCUGUGGUUGCAAAUAAAAAUUCUAAGCUUGGUUUAAGGAGGUAUGUUAUUUGUGUUACAGAAAUUUCUAGUGACCCUCCUUCACGUUCAUUAUAUUUUGAAAUUUUCUUUGUAUAUUUUUUGCCUCUUAUUGUAGAUCACUGCAUUCCAAUUGGAAAUGUCUGUUUAGCUUUACAAAUCACUUUGCUGAAAUAUGACAUGAGCCUUAUUGAAGAUGAAGUGCUUCUUGCAGCCAGAUUGACUUGAAACAAGAGCCAUUAUAAAAUAACUUGUCUGGACCAUACAUGAACAUAUAUUUCUUACAGUACCAUCAUGCCUUGAGCAUUCUUCUCUCACAAGUGCUAUUCUUUGAAGCUUAGGGUACGUCUGUACUACCCACCGGAUCGGCGGGUAGCAUUCGAUGUAUUGGGGAUCGAUCUAUUGCGUCCAGAUGAGACGCAAUAAAAAAAAUCGAUCCACGAAUUGACACCCGUACUCCCCCUCGACAGGAGGAGUAAGCGGAGUCGAUGGGGGAGGUGCGGCAGUUGACUUGCCACUGUGAGGAUGGCCAGGUAAGUCAAACUAAGAUGCUUUGACUUCAGCUACCCGAACAGCGUAACCAAAGUUGCGUAUCUUAGUUCGAACAUGCCUCGCCAGGUCCCCGCUAGUGUAGCCCAGGCCUUAGAUUAAAACACCUAUAAAAAUUCAGACUUAUUUCCCAUGAAAACAAAUUAAGUGUUUUGAAGUGUAGUAACUUUCCUCUCUCCCUGUAUUUUGCAUGAAAGUUCAGACAAAUGGGAAACAGACCUCUCAAUUUUUCUAAAACAUUUAAAUGAACUUUGAAAGGAUGACAAUUUUCUGUUAACCAACUAUUGACUCCCUCAUAAUGAGGUUUUAAAGAAGCAUUUGCAAAACCCCCAUUUAAACAAAUCAUUGCCUCAAAUCCUGAGGAGGAGAUAGUGUUGUCUGUUUAGUUUAAAUGAUCCAGACAUGAGAAUCAAUUUGUUGAUGUAUAAAAGAUCUCGUUUGGCUAGUUCCUACCUUCUGAACUGUUUUGGCAGCAGAUUGGGACAGCAAGUAUCAUUUGGCUCUGUUCUAGUGCAAGAAACUAUAGGCUGGUUAAGUUAAUUUAACAGCUAAACAGUCAUAAAAAGUCAUUGCAUGUAAAUUCCUUUCAACUAUGAAAAUGAAAUUCCAGUUUCUAUUUACCUAUUCAUUGUGACAGUAUUAUUAAACAGGUAAAGAUGGGACUAUUUUGUUAUACUGUGUAUAGUGAAUGUAUUGUACUGUGUCUGUGAAAAGUGUGCUUUAAAUUAUAUUUUCAUAUGUUUUGUUGGGGACAAAGUACAUUAAGUUUGAAAGUGACAGAGGUUUGUUUUAGAACUGAAGGCAACUUAAUGAAUCAAAAUUCCUGUCAAGAAAGCUGCUUAUAAAUGUAAAUCAAAUCACAUUUAAAAUAAACUGCCUCU